CAGACCGCAGUGCGAUCGCCGCCAGCCGCCGCUGCCGCCGCGCCUGCAGCCUCCGAAGGAAGGCCGGGGGAGCCGGCGUACGCACUUUCCCGCGGACUUUCGGAGUGUUUGUGGAUAUACAUGCCAAGCCGUCAAGAUGAUGUCCAUGAACAGCAAGCAGCCUCACUUUGCCAUGCAUCCCACCCUCCCUGAGCACAAGUACCCGUCGCUGCACUCCAGCUCCGAGGCCAUCCGGCGGGCCUGCCUGCCCACGCCGCCGCUGCAGAGCAACCUCUUCGCCAGCCUGGACGAGACGCUGCUGGCGCGGGCCGAGGCGCUGGCGGCCGUGGACAUCGCCGUGUCCCAGGGCAAGAGCCAUCCUUUCAAGCCGGACGCCACGUACCACACGAUGAACAGCGUGCCGUGCACGUCCACGUCCACCGUGCCGCUGGCGCACCACCACCACCACCACCACCACCACCAAGCGCUCGAGCCCGGCGAUCUGCUGGACCACAUCUCGUCGCCGUCGCUCGCGCUCAUGGCCGGCGCGGGCGGCGCGGGCGCGGCGGGCGGCGGCGGCGGCGCCCACGACGGCCCCGGGGGCGGUGGCGGCCCGGGGGGCGGCGGCGGCCCGGGCGGCGGCGGCCCCGGGGGCGGCGGUGGUGGCGGUGGCCCGGGGGGCGGCGGCGGCGGCCCGGGGAGCGGGCUGCUAGGCGGCUCGGCGCACCCGCACCCGCACAUGCACGGCCUGGGCCACCUGUCGCACCCGGCGGCAGCGGCCGCCAUGAACAUGCCGUCCGGGCUGCCGCACCCCGGGCUGGUGGCGGCGGCGGCGCACCACGGCGCGGCGGCGGCGGCGGCGGCGGCGGCGGCCGGGCAGGUGGCGGCGGCGUCGGCGGCUGCGGCCGUGGUGGGUGCAGCGGGCCUGGCGUCCAUCUGCGACUCGGACACGGACCCGCGCGAGCUCGAGGCGUUCGCCGAGCGCUUCAAGCAGCGGCGCAUCAAGCUGGGCGUGACGCAGGCCGACGUGGGCUCGGCGCUGGCCAACCUCAAGAUCCCGGGCGUGGGCUCGCUCAGCCAGAGCACCAUCUGCAGGUUCGAGUCGCUCACGCUCUCGCACAACAACAUGAUCGCGCUCAAGCCCAUUCUGCAGGCGUGGCUCGAGGAGGCCGAGGGCGCGCAGCGCGAGAAAAUGAACAAGCCCGAGCUUUUCAACGGCGGCGAGAAGAAGCGCAAGCGGACUUCCAUCGCCGCGCCCGAGAAGCGCUCCCUCGAGGCCUACUUCGCCGUGCAACCACGGCCCUCGUCCGAGAAGAUCGCCGCCAUCGCCGAGAAACUGGACCUCAAAAAGAACGUGGUGCGGGUGUGGUUUUGCAACCAGAGACAGAAGCAGAAGCGGAUGAAAUUCUCCGCCACUUACUGAGGGGGUUGGGAGGUGCCGGGCGGGACAGAGCGGGGAGCAGAGGAGGCAUUUGGGGGGCGCUUUCCUCUGCCUGCCUCCUCUCGGAUUUGGAGUGGCCGUUACCUGCUUGCAUUUGGGGAGUCCCUCCUGGCGCUCUUUCCUUCGUCCCCUCUCUGUUCUUCCUGCCCUUACUGUCCCCCAGCCUAGAGGACGGGAGUGCUGGGUAUGGAGAAAGGAGAGGGCGGCGGGGGAGAGAGGGGAGCAUUUGGGUCAGCGGGGAGUGGGGGGAAGGAAAUUGGAGACUGGAGCAGGGGUUUCGAGGAGCAGGAUGGUUCUGGGGGGUAGGGUGGGGGGAGAAAACGGAAAGGGUAGGGAAAUGGACUUUUUGACCAGAGACACUUAUCAAAAUCUCCUGGGGACCAAGGAACAAUGUAUGAAAACAAACCAACCACCAAAAACUACACAAAUAAAAGACAAACUAAAACAGAACAAAAGCAAAGAAAAAUGCUUUAGAAAGUUAACUCUGGGGAGCCAUAAUCUGUAGCUUCAUUUCCCCCCAAGGAAGUGAAAAAAGAGCACCACCAUUAUUAUCAGCACCCCAACCUGACACACACGAACUGAGUCAAAAACGAAAACCAAAUGAACCGGAAGGUGAAAUUCUAGGUAGCAAAGCUAGUUGUUCUGUGUGUUUAAUUUUUCCCUCUAAAUCUCACCUCCACCCCUUCAUAUCCUCUUUGAUUUAUUUCCUCCGUUCCAGUGAGACUCCAAUGGCUGCUCUCCAACGCCGGGAAGUGAGUGGGGGCACAGCAGUAAAGCGGCUGGGUGGGAGGUUGGCUGCUUGUUUAGGUGGAAUCCAAGUUUUCCAGUGGCCUGGCCUACACAACUGGUCUCCGUGGGGUGAGGGUCUUCAGAGAGAGAGAAGCACAGUCUCUGAGCUGACUAAAAGGCAGAAUUUAGGGGUUUCUAAAUAAAUAUUUUAGGAAAACAAUCUUAAGGAUUUCCUCUUUUUAUUUUUGCUCUUAUGUCUAAGAUCUAAAAAACAAACUUUCAAAGUGAGCCCUUUUCCCCACUCAUAGAACUUUACCUUAGCUUGUCCUUUCAUUUGUUUUUUUAGAGUGGUUUAUUUUAAACUACCUGUUUGUUCCCCCCACCAUCAGCACCCCUUAAUUCAAAUAAACUGAUGGGUUGGAAGUUCUAGGAGAGAUAAGCUCUCCCAUUUUCUCCACUGAACAAAACUCGUCUUGCUCUUCCAGGUCCCCUUUCCUCCUCUCUUGGAGAACAUGAAAUUAUUGAAAUGUUGAGAAGUUUCUGUUCUCUGUUGGGGCAGAACUUAGCUGUGAGAAAAACACCUAAAUCCCAGAAAAGAGGAAGACAGAUUUAAAGCAACCCUCCACCCCAUUUGUUUCAGAGGUCUGGAUGUUGGGGGGAAAAGCAGAACAAGUAUUUCCGUUUUACUGUUAUUAUUAUUAUUCAAUAGUCAUUUAUUACUGGGGAUAAAUGUUGGGUAGCAAGAACUUUAAUUUGCACUAUCAGUCUCCCAAAUAGAAAAUCAUGUAUACUAUUUCAUAGUAAUAAUCAAGGUAACUUACGAGCUGCUGAUGGAUUAAAAUAAAUGAGAAAGACAGUUGAAGGUGGUUAGGUAAAAAUGCCUGCUUUGUGUAAAAGAUACUCUUUGGAUCUCAUGUGGAGAUGGUUUGUUACCAUCCUUUAAUCAUAACUAAACAUUGAAAACAGAACAAAUGAGAAAAGAAAAAAAAAACUGUCGUUUAACAAGACUGAAAUCAUGCAUGAUCUGAAACUAUGGAAAGAAACACAAUUAGGUCUCACUCUGGUUAGGCAUUAUUUAUUUAAUUACGUUGUAUAUCAUUGUUUGCAGGGCAAACAUUCUAUGCAUUUGAAACUGAGCACUACUAAACUGGACUAGCUUUCUGGUAGACCGUUUUGUGGAUAGUGUGAUUUCACAGUCUACUGCCUGUUUCCACUGAAAACACAACAUUUUUGUCAUAUUCUUGUAUUUAGAGGAAAAGGAAAAAAGGAAGAUUAUUGUAAAUAUUUUAUUUAAUGCACACACUCACACAGUGGUUACAAACUGCCAGUGUUAAUCCUAAAAUGUCUCACGGAUUGAUCUACCUGUCCAUGUAUGUCUGCUGAGCUUUCUCCUUGGUUAUGUCUUUUCUCUUUAACCUUCCCCCUCCUCCACUUCUAUCAAAACCAUUUCUGUGCGCCAAAAUACAACAGGGGGAUGUGUCCCAGUGCACUUACAAAUAAAACAUAACUGAAAGAAGA